GUUGCCCAAGCCCCUAACAAGAUAACCAGUUCCCACAUGCACAACCUCCAGGCAGUCACCAAACCCCAUCCCAGCAACUCUCCUUCAAGGGCUUCAAACCCCAUGGCUUUUUCUCAAGAAGGAUGAAAGGUUGAAUAUUAUAUAAUUGUUGUUUGUCCUGAGAUAUAUAUAUAUAUAUAUAUAUAUAUAUAUAUAUAUAUGUAUGUAUGUAUGUACUUGCUAAGUAGCUAGAAAUAAAUGCGGGUUUUGGUAAAUAGUGCCGCUGACUGAGAGAAAAAUGGUGGGCAGUGCAAGGCUUUGCUUGCACAACUCCAUGAGAGCUGUGAAUUUAUUUGUCAACGUUUGUGGAGUUGGAGUCAUCAUCUACUCCCUUUGGCUCAUCAAGAAAUGGCAAGUUGGAGUCUCUGAGCUCCCUCCCGUCGCGCAUGUCCCCAAGCCAUGGUUUAUAUAUACAUGUUUAGGUAUGGGAAUUGCUGUCUGCCUGAGCACCCUUUGCGGUCAUAUGGUUGCCAAUUCCAUCAGCAGUUUCAUUCUCUUCAUUUACAUAAUCUCCAUCUUCUGUCUUCUUGGCAUUGAGGUUGGAGUGAUCGUCAAUAUUUUCUAUAGGAUGGACUGGGAAGUGCAAUUUUCAAAGUACAUUGAUGAGCAUCACACCCUUUUCAAAAACUUCUUGACAUUUCAUCUAAACAUGUGCCGCCUCAUUGUAGUUCUCAUCUUGAUACCACAGAAUUUCCCAUGACUCUGAGCUAAACGCAAGUCCAUAUUGCAGAUCAAAGCUAUUGUGCUAGCGAUCAUUCUUUGGGCCAUUGGUUCCGAGCCGAGGGCGGAUCAAUGCAACUAUUCUGAUGUCACAAACUUCACAUAUUCGUUUCUGGCAGCGCCUACACAAUCUUUACUAGAUAUAUCGCGACAUGGAUUCCGAAACUAUGAAGUUUCGUCAAGAGAAUUCGAAAACCCGCCACGCCCGAGUUUUGUUUCAAAUGUAAACAAAUUUUUCAGAAUGCAUUUUCACAGAAGAGUCACUCUUAGUUAGGGAAGAAGUAUAUAAGUUUUGGGUUUAGGGUUCCCCUGCAUUUUUGUAUUUUGGUGAAAGGGGAAGUAAUUGUACAGAAACUACUUAUUCUCUCCAAAAUUAAUUACUUGAAAAGCAUUUGUUUACUUUCUGUUGA